CUCUGUCUCUGUGCCUUACCUUGACUUCCCACCAGCCUCUUCUUUCACUUCACAAGACUGAGGAUGAAAAUACGACUGAAAGCUGCAGCCCACUUAUGACUCUCUUUAGUUUCAAGUAUUACAGACGAACCGCUCAAAUCACUGAAUUGAACCUUUCAAAAAUACACAUAUAUACUUACCACCCCGCGAAACAAUUACAUGCCCUCGCUAGUCUCUGAAAACGCCAGGGCGUGGGACUUUGGUCCUGUCUACGACCUCCUCCACAACCUUUCCUCGCCGCCACCGAAUAAUGACGUACCUGUACCAAGCGACGAAGCGCUGAAGGAAGCUCACAAUGGCAUCGUGGAUGCAGACACGAACAGAUCUAGAGCUACCAGAGCACAAUCCCAGGGCUUGGGUGACUUCACGAAGCUUUGGGAGUAUCUCGGCGUAGAUCCUGCAGCGCCUCCGCCUCGGGUACGGCCGCCGUCGCUGUCGCCCUCUCCUUCUCCUCAGCCGCGACGUGGAGUGCGGAUUGAUGCACCUGAUACUGAAGUUGAACAGAAAGACUUCGCAGCUAAGGUACCUAAGAGACCGAAGCUCGUACAGGAUAGUUCGUCUGACGAGCGGGUCGUUACGAUUGAACGCAGCAAGGAUUAUACGUCUGACGGAGCGGUGUAUCACGAACCCCGGCACAAGGCGGACCACGUCACCUGGACGGAUACGGAUGAUGUCUUUGAUUAUCACACUGGAGAUACGACCGAGUCUGAGGCUCCCGAAGACACUGGCGAGAGCGCAGAUGACGUCAAAGACUCGACCACCCCGACUAGUAAAGGCAAGAAAGCGACGAAAGAGCAGAGAAAAGCAGCUAAGCGAGCCCGUAAGGCUCUCAAGAGAAUUCAGAAGAAAAGUCGGGCUGAAGCUCAAGCUAAGCAAGCUCAUGCGAAAGCUGUGAGUGAUGCGGAGCCUGACACUGCGAAAGGCAAGAAGAAGAAAACGCCGGCGGGAAAGGCGAGUGUGCAUCCGAUUGUGCAAGAGCCUGUCACUCCGACGCCUACGAAUCGGUAUCCUUUGCGAUCUAAGUUUGUCAAUCCAGAGAGUAAGGGCCCUGCUUUGAAGGUGCUAAACCUUACGGAGCAUAUGACUCCCGGAGAGGUCGCAGCAACGAAUUCACAAAAACUGAAGAAGAAAGACACGCAGUUGAAGCUUACUGAUUCUAUGACACCUGAAGACGUAGCAGCUGCAAACGGAUACACGCCUGCGAAGAGAGAGCAGGAUAUGAUUAUAGGAGAUGUUGCAGUACCACAGUCACAACCGGUGUCUAGGUCACAAAUUUUGAACACCAAGAAUGUGACGCCUAAGCCGAAGUUUCCUCCUUUUACGAUUGCCCAAUAUGACGAUUCUCCUUUGUUAUCUCAGACAGCAAACCCGGCGUUCCCUUCAUACGCGAAUGUGUAUCAGCAAAAUGGCCCUGGUCAGGCGCUACAGUAUUCUGUUCAGACAAAUCCGCAGAUGACACCACCACCUCAACCACAAUACCGAACUCCAAACGGACCUCGUGUUACGAAACUUGCCCCUCCGGUAUCCCUACCCCGAAAGAUCCAGCCUUCCCCCGAAAGGGCAGUGGUAGGACCCUCGAUUACCAUGCGACAUGGCGAAGAUCGCCACAUGCACUUCUUUCUCGAACUUAUCAAGCAAUUUCCCAUGGAUAAGAAGUGGUUAGUCUCACCAGCUCAACUCUCUACCCAUACCAGCACCGUCAAAGGCAUUCAUGUCUUUGUCGAUGCCUCCAAUAUCUUUAUUGGCUUCAAGGAAUACAUCCGCCGCUCCUUCGGUCUUCCGUACGGCAGACAGGUCAAAGGGCUUGAAAUCUCCUUUGAUAGCCUCGUUUUACUCAUGGAGCGCCGCCGCCCAGUCGCCAAACGUGUGCUCGCCGGUUCAUAUCCCAACCUCCCAGCUUUUGACAUGGCCAAGGCGGUCGGCUAUGAAACGAACAUUCUUGAACAGGUGUACAAGGACAAAGACCUCUCCAAGAAACAGAAGUCGCAGUUCUAUUCCCAACGCGACUCUGGCUUCGGAAACGGAGGCACCCUGUACGGUGGCGGAUACGCAUGCACAAGUGUGCCGGGCAGCAGCACGAAAGCGUCUGAAACGGCCUUUGCAGCUACUGGUCCUAGCACACCUGCUCGGCACGCCGCCACCUCCGUCGAGACACCGCCGACUCAGAAAUGGGUCGAGCAGGGCGUCGACGAGAUCUUGCACCUGAAGAUGCUCGAAUCAGUUGUCGAUGCAGACGAGCCAGGCACCAUGGUGCUUGCCACCGGCGACGCGGCGGUCGCAGAGUAUUCCCAAGGCUUCUUGAAGAUGGUGGAGCGCGCGCUGAAGAAAGGGUGGAGCGUUGAGCUGAUGAGUUGGCGCGACGGAAUUAAUCGCGCGUAUCUGGAUUCGGCAUGGAGGGCUCAGUGGGGCGAUAGGUUUAGAGUUGUUGAUUUGGAUGGCUGGGUUGAGGAUUUGAUUGACUCGUAAAGGGGCCUGAACUUGGUACAUGUGGUUUAUGGUAAUGGCAUGGCAUGGCACGGCGAUAUGUUUGCACGCAUCUGUUGAUAUCAACGGAGUUUUUUUGGGACAAGUCUAUAUGGCUGGAGACACCUGGAUAUAUGUCUGACUGCUGCUGCUGCUGCGACGGCGGCGACGGCGGUGGCAAUCUUCGCCUCGUUGAAGUACCUACUACUGCUACUCAAAACUGCAUCUGGUUGCCAGUUUAGAUGGGAGAAUUUCGACUGGGCCUCUCAGUCUUGAUAUUGGAAGGUUGUGUUGUUAGUUAGCUUUGCCUCGGGCGUUACACCUACCUACAUUGGGGGUUAUAUAGAAGACUAGGUGAGUGAAAUGAAAAUGAAAUGUGUUACUAUGAA